AAACUUUUUAUGACAUGCCCUGCCCAUAAUACAAUAAAUAGACUUCUUACCCUUCACAAAUUUCACUUACAAAAACACACAGCCAAUAAUGGCACAGGAGAAGCCAGCUAAACACAAAGGCUUGUUGCAAACUCAUGAAUUAUACAAGUACAUCCUAGAGACUAACGUCUAUCCUCGUGAACCCGAACCGUUGAAGGAGCUUCGCGCUCUCACAGCUCCACAUCCACGGUCUGGCAUGGGUACCGCACCAGAUGCGGGUCAGAUGAUCGCGAUGUUGUUGAAGCUCGUUGGUGCGAAAAAAACAAUAGAGAUCGGGGUUUUUACGGGUUACUCGCUGCUUUUAACCGCGUUGACAAUUCCUGAUGAUGGCAAGAUUGUAGCGAUAGAUAUGAACCGGGAAUCGUAUGAGAUUGGUCGUCCGGUUAUAGAAAAGGCUGAGGUGGAGCACAAGGUUGAGUUUAUCGAAUCGGAAGCUCUACCGGCUCUUGAUAAAUUGCUUGAAAAUCGUGAUAAUGAAGGGAGUUUCGACUUUGCUUAUGUUGAUGCGGACAAGAUAAACUAUAUCAACUACCACGAGCGACUAAUGAAACUAUUGAAGGUGAACGGGAUCGUGGUGUACGAUAACACCCUUUGGUUCGGGUCAGUAGCACAGCCCGAGUCAUCUGUUCUUGAUGAAUUCAAAGAGGGAAGAGUGAACACCAUAAACUUUAACAAAUCGCUUGCAGACGACCCUCGCACCAAUAUCACCAUGGUUCCCUUGGGUGAUGGUAUCACCAUUUGUAGGCGUCUCUACUAAAAUUUGAGAUGUUUUGAUGUUUUUUUUAUUAAUUUUAAUGGUGAAAUAAAAGUCUUAUCCGAGUAUUAGAAAAUUUGAGAUGUAUUGAUGUUUUUUUAUUAAUUUUAAUGGUGAAGUAAAAGUC